AUGGCUGCUGCAACACCCGCCCCUUCGGCUGCGUCUAGGAUUUUCGAAGAUGAGUUGAGGAAGUUCAAAAAUCGUCUUGACGGGAAGCAAUUACGCGGCUUCGAGUGUACAUCUCUCAAGAACGUUGAGGAUGCAUUAGAAGAUAUACAGAAGCGUCAAGAAGCACAGCGGGAACUACGCAACUUGACUCGAAUUCGGCGAUUCCUGGAGGCAAUAGAGCAAUUUGGCAGAGUGAUUGAAGUCUUCACCAAUUCUAGUCAAUACGUUGGCUACCUCUGGGGCCCGCUGAAAUUCCUCCUCCAGGUGUCAAGUACCUGGGCAGAUACCCUCGAUCAGAUAUUGGAUGCCUACGAGCAAAUUGGAGAAGCAUUGCCCCUGCUCGCGCAGUACGAGCCUGUUUUCAUACAAUACCCGGAGACGCAAAGAGUACUCGCCUUGAUGUAUAAGGACAUUCUCGAGUUUCACCUGCCCGCAAUCCGCUUUCUUAGCCGUCCAGCCUGGCGACAGCUUUUUCGAUCAUCAUGGAGUGACUUCAAGGCAAAGUUUGAUGGAAUUCUUCGAAACCUCGCUCGGCAUAGACGUUUGGUUGAAUCGCAAUUCAUCCUGCUACAAGCCCGUCAGCAUGAAGCACAUCACACGGAGGUACUCAAAGAAAUCCAGGCGCUGGAGUUGGAGAUGCAGUUUACACGCGGGUUACUGGAGGGCGAACAAGAAGCUCGUAGAAAAAGGCAGCGGUCCGCGAUAUGUGAGUGGAUCGCAGGAAAUAGUACUUACGACUCCCACGAAAGGGCUCAGAGAGAUCGCAGGGACUAUGCUCAGACGGGACUCUGGAUUAUACAGAAUGAAAAAGUGUCCUCCUGGCUCUCGGACGAUCUCCCCCGGUCUUCAAUGCUAUGGGUGCACGGCAUUCCAGGAGCAGGGAAAACAGUAUUGGCAUCGAUCAUUAUUGAAGCUUGCCAAAAACAACCGAACAGCCAGACAGCAUACUUCUAUUGCAGACAUGACGACGAUACCACCAUCACAUGUGUCUCAAUCCUCAAAGGUCUUCUCGCCCAGCAAAUCGGUUGGUAUCCGGAUCUCGUGCCUUAUUUUGAUGAAAAGCGGGCACACAGCGGUGAACCCGUCCUGACGUACGAAAAAACCGCAAAGAGUCUGUUCGAGACCAUUUCCAAAGAACAACAGCGCCAAUAUAUAAUCCUCGACGGUUUGGACGAAUGCCGACCAGAGGAGCGGAGGUCGAUAUUGCCGUUUCUCACCUCCCUGGUCAACCGAAUUGACCUUAUAGAGACGUCAAGGCUUCGUGUCCUCAUCGUCAGUCAGGAAGAGCCUGAUAUCAGAAGAUUUGUAUCGUCUGCGGAAGAGUUUCCGAUCAAACGCGACGAUAACAGCCAAGACAUUCGCACCUUUGUGAAAGCAUGGACAGCCAGGAUUCAGCAGAAGUUUGAACUUGAUGAUGAUACGUCAACUCGACUAGAGGAUCACACAUGCCGGAAUGCAGCAGGUCAAUUUUUGUUCGCCAAACUGGUUAUGGAACACCUUCAUAAACAACCCAACCUUCAUCUUCUCCAGCGUGAAGUUGAUACUGAACGCUUUCCGAAGAAGUUGGCGGAAGCGUAUGAUCGUAUCAUUGAACGCAUCAAGCUACGACUCGGCGAUCACGAAUGGGACAUUGUGCAACAGUUUCUGGGGUGGAUGACAUGUGCCGCUCGACCACUCAAGUGGCACGAGAUUCAGGGUGCAAUGGCAAUUUGUCGAGAGGAGCAGGAAGUCGAUUUCCACAGAUAUCAGAUCCGAGCAACAGCCCACGACCUGUGCGGCCCGUUGGUAACAGCCUAUGGGGACCGUAUAAAUCUCGUUCAUGGUACAGCUAAGAGAUAUAUCGCGGAGUCAGAGCACGUGGAUCUUUUGACCGUGGAAUGCCGGCUUGCAAGCUUGUGCCUGGAAUAUCUCGCUUUCCCUUGCUUUGACCAAGACAUUGACAAAGAGGAGGAGGUGCUCAAGGGAUCCUACGCAUUUGCAGACUAUGCGGUUGCCAAAUGGAUGAGCCACUUCGACCAUAUGCUUGAUAAACUAGGCAGUCGAGUUGACCAUCGCGAAUCUGACGCAUACGAGACUGUGGUGCAGGAGCUCUGCGAAGCCGUGGAGAACAUGGUACGGGAAUGUUCGGACAACCUUCAGAUCAGCCAGGCCGUGGCUGAAGCGCCACAGCUGGAAGUCGAGCUGGCGCCCGAGAUCCGCCGCCGACUCACGGUAUUUGACGGCGCCGAAGUUGGAUUUCAAUCCCUGUGGGCACACAUCGUGCUGCACCGGUCAAAGGAUAUUGUCAAGCGCAACGAAAUCAGUUUGGACAGGCUUAAAACAGCGAUGGAGGGCAUUCGAAACAUCCUGGAACGGCUCUUCAAGGACAGAGCCUUGCCGGCGGAAGAUCACCAGAGGCUGAAGUCACGUUACGGUUCCAAAGUUUUCCGAUGCUCGAAAGUCACUUGCUUCUACUUCCACGAAGGCUUCACCGACGGGCACACGAGAGACAUGCAUGUGAUCCGACACGACCGGCCAUUCCAAUGCGUCGCGGCCGAUUGCGAUAUUGGCGACAUGGGGUUUGGAUCGAAAAAAGAACUCGACAGCCACAUGCGCAACUUUCAUGCAGACGUCGAGAUGAAGGCUGAGAUCUUCACUGAAAUCAAGCCGGCGACCCCCAGCCACGCAAAGUAUGGCUGCGGCCAGUGUGGCAAGAGUUUUGUGCGCAGGUCUAUAUUGCGAGACCAUGAAUUAGCGCACAAUGGUCAGAAGCCGUACGAGUGUGCUCGUUGUGGGAAGUCGUUCACGAGGAAAAACGAUUGCACGAGACAUGAGAAGAUUCACGAAAACCGACGCUGA